CCCCAGCCCAGCGGGGCCUCAUACCUCCGGCAGCCUGACGGUGUGGAGCAGAUCGCCAGAGCCCAGCAGGCGUGCUGCAGCAUGGAGGGGCCAGCGGGGUACCUGCGGAGGGCCAGCGUAGCCCAACUGACCCAGGAGCUGGGCACGGCCUUCUUUCAGAAGCAGCAGCUGUCAGCCGCAAUGGCAGACACCUUCCUGGAACACCUCUGCCUGCUGGACAUCGACUCGGAGCCCGUGGCUGCUCGCAGCACCAGCAUCAUUGCCACCAUUGGGCCGGCAUCUCGCUCCGUAGAGCGCCUCAAGGAGAUGAUCAAGGCCGGGAUGAACAUUGCUCGACUCAACUUCUCCCACGGCUCACAUGAGUACCACGCUGAGUCCAUCGCCAAUGUCCGAAAGGCGGUGGAGAGCUUCGCAACUUCCCCGCUCGGCUACCGACCGGUGGCCAUCGCUUUGGACACCAAAGGACCGGAGAUUCGCACCGGGAUCCUGCAGGGGGGCCCGGAGUCGGAAGUGGAGCUAGUGAAGGGCUCCCAGGUGCUGGUGACCGUGGACCCGACGUUCCAGACGCGAGGAGACGCGAACACCGUGUGGGUGGACUACCCCAACAUCCUCAGGGUCGUGCCGGUGGGGGGCCGCAUCUACAUCGACGACGGGCUCAUCUCCCUCGUGGUCAGGAAAAUCGGCCCAGAGGGGCUGGAGACCGAGGUGGAGAACGGCGGCGUCCUGGGCAGCCGGAAGGGCGUGAACCUGCCGGGCGCCCAGGUGGACCUGCCAGGGCUGUCCGAGCAAGACGCCCGGGACCUGCGCUUUGGGGUGGAGCAUGGCGUAGACAUCAUCUUUGCCUCCUUCGUGCGGAAAGCCAGCGAUGUGGCUGCGGUCCGAGCUGCUCUGGGGCCAGAAGGACAGGCCAUCAAGAUCAUUAGCAAAAUCGAGAACCACGAAGGCGUGAAGAAGUUUGAUGAAAUCCUGGAAGUGAGCGACGGCAUCAUGGUGGCACGGGGUGAUCUGGGCAUCGAGAUCCCAGCGGAGAAGGUUUUCCUAGCUCAGAAGAUGAUGAUUGGACGUUGCAACUUGGCCGGCAAACCAGUUGUCUGUGCCACACAGAUGCUGGAGAGCAUGAUCAGUAAGCCCCGGCCGACACGGGCAGAGACGAGUGACGUGGCCAACGCUGUGCUGGAUGGUGCAGACUGCAUCAUGCUGUCGGGGGAAACUGCCAAAGGCAGAUUUCCCGUGGAGGCCGUAAGGAUGCAGCACGCGAUUGCCCGGGAGGCAGAGGCCGCAGUCUACCACCAGCAGCUGUUUGAGGAGCUGCGCCGCGUAGCACCGCUGAGCCGUGAUCCCACUGAAGUCACUGCCAUCGGCGCUGUGGAGGCUUCCUUCAAGUGCUGUGCUUCGGCCAUCAUCGUGCUGACCACGACUGGCCGCUCAGCCCAGCUUCUGUCUCGGUACCGACCUCGGGCAGCGGUCAUCGCUGUCACCCGCUCUGCCCAGGCUGCCCGCCAGGCCCACCUAUGCCGAGGAGUCUUUCCCUUGCUCUACCGUGAACCUCCAGAGGCCAUCUGGGCAGAUGAUGUGGAUCACCGGGUUCAAUAUGGCAUUGAAAGUGGAAAGCUUCGUGGCUUACUCCACGUUGGAGACCUGGUGAUUGUGGUGACAGGCUGGCGACCUGGCUCUGGCUAUACCAACAUCAUGCGAGUGCUGAGUGUGUCCUGAGAUGCCCCUCCCCCUCGGAACCAGCCAGCUCUGGACCCCAUCCCUCCUCCCCACGCCACCCACACCCUUCAUCUGUCUUGUCUGCUCCCAGUCCUCCCCACCUGAGGCCACGUCUGCCAUCUAGCCACAUUCCACGGUGCCCCUUCCCCCUCGCCACGCAGGCCCUCAGAGUCUGGCCAUCUGGCAGCUCCAGUGGCGCACCCAGUGCUCCCACCCAAUGCUCUCAGCUGGACCCUAAGAUGCUCUGAGCCUUUAAUCCCAGCUUAACUGGUUAAUUCUAUUUCCCCAGGCUUCCCACACCUGGAGGUGGGGGAGAGGAGAACAGGGCAGUCGUGUCCAACCUCCACAAAACCACUAUUUUAGAAAUAUUUCAGAUCCACAUGCAGUCUGGCGUUCUUGUACGUGGCCUUCUGGGUAAUCUCUCUCCCAAGGACGGUGCCACUUCUUCCCUCAUUAGAGCUAAUAGUGAUGUCAAAGCGCCGCCCUCUGGGGCAAGGCAGGGCGGAUGGAUACUGGGGAGCACAGCCUGUCACUGUCUUCGCAGCUUCGCCUGGGACUGCGGACCACUUUCCGGCCGCUCCCAGGGCCAUCUCCUGUCUUGUGGGGCGAGGCGCCUUCUCCUGCACCCAGAAAUUCCUUCUCUGUGCCCGCACGCAAACCAGGAGCCGAAAUGAGUGUCUCUAUUUUCUUUUUUUAAACCCAGCUAUUUGGAAGCAAUUAUAAAACUUUCCCCACAUACCUCGUAUUCCAGAACUCCACACCCAGAAGAAAAAUGAGCUUUGGGGUCCCGGCCCCACAUUCUUUGAUGCUGUACAGUCGGCAUGGCAACAGAGGGUGGGGGAGGGGUUCUGUUGUCCCUGAGAAGGCGGGGCACUGGCUAGCCUGCCCUUUCCUAGGCUCAGGUACCUUGGGCCCUCACCUUACUCUAGCACCAACAGCAAACUCAGCAGGGAAAAGAAACUAAAACAUCCCCCACCUCCCCUGCCUCAGGUGGCCCUUCGGCCCCGACCUAAACAGGAACAGGGUCCCAGUAUUGCUGCUGUUGGGGCUGGACCAGGACCACGGGAACUGGUGUGGGGGAGGGGCGUUGCCCCUUCCUGGCUCCCUACUGGGAGGGGAUGGGAGGGGGUGGAAAAAGAAAUUGGUCAAUAAAAUGCAUUGAUAAUAAAUAAAAUUA